AUGAGAUCUACACAAGCCAGACGUCUGUCCCUGUCUAUUUCUGCAUUCGCUGUUGUGCUGCUGGCAAGUGUCUGUCCGUGUCUGCUGUGUCAGACAGAUGUGAAAGAGACAGACUUGUAUAAGGCAUUACUUAACGAUGUCAUGUCUGCUUUACUGAAAACAGUCGACUUCUUCGGUUCCAAUUACCAAUAUGUCAAUAUUGACGCUGUGUUUGGUAUGCGCCAAUGUCAAGGUAGUCUGAUUGGGGUCUUAGAAGACUGUGAACAGAACAAACUUGUUUGCCCCCAGGAACUGAGGCAGGAAAUCGCCUCCAUGAUUGAAAGACUUAACGACACAACACGACAGGCUAACGUCUACACGGAGGGACAAAAUGAGGUACGCUUUUCCGUGUUCAAGGAAUUGAUGCAGAAACCGUUCGUCGUCAAAUAUAUCCCAGAAAACAUCAGCAGUGUCGUUGAAGUCAGUGUCCCGUUCAGCGUCUAUAAGGGAGAACAAGGAGAUGCGUGUCUUGUCAAUCUCAUGGGAUUUGAGUUGUUGGGCGGAGCCGUGCCGAGGUGCACUGUCAGUGACACAUGUCGGUGGUUCAUGACACGGGACGGAUCUGGAUACUACUAUCUGACACACCAACUGCUUUAUCUGAUGAUUGCUGAACAGGUUGGGUGUGAGAGUAAACUAGAACAAGAGAUCCUCCGAAACACGGGCGUGACUACAAGAGACUUCCAGAGACAUCUGUGUGAGAAGAUCUACUGCAACAUCCGGAAUUUAUCCCUGAACGGAACCGUCGACUCUGAGAUGCAGGAUCUGUUUCUUGAGGAAAUUGCAUUCUGUGGUAUGCUGGGCUUCCAGAACUUCUUCAACGAAUCCUGGAUCCCACUGAUCCUCGACUGGCAGACCCCGCAGGGUUGUUUCACCUCCCCAGAGGCACGUGACAAGUUACAGAAGUUGGCUACUCAAGGACGAACCAAGUUCAUUGCUAUACAAAAACUUUUCGAACAUGCCAAGUUCAGGUCGAAGAGAACUGAACAGUUGAUGCUUGACGGAUGCCUGUCACAUAAAACGGGUGUGGCCAUCGCUGCUAUGGGAGCAUAUAUAAGAUACUUGGUAUCUAGAGUGUACGGGUAA